AUGUGGGGCUCCGUGGCAGUUGUCUGGGCCAUCUGUCUGGCUUGUAUUCAGCCUGCUGUGUUCCCGUGGGUCCUCCCCUUCGGGUCAAACAAGGACAGGCCUCGCCCGGCACAUGGAGCUCUGACAGGGAAGGUCGAAUGCUUCUCAGACUACAUGACCCUGCAGGUUCCAAGGAGCCACGUGCAGGGUUUGAGGCAGUGGCUGGCAUGGGUCCUGCACCCGCCCGGCACCAUGAGGGCCCCCAACCACCUGGAUUCUCUUCUUACCAAAUGUGGUUUCCUCUUGCGUCCUGCUCAGGAGGGCGGCUUCAUCUUCCGAGCUUUGUACUCGGGCUGCUUUGUGCAGAAAGAGAAAGCAAAUUACAGGUUGGAAAUCAGAAUGUUUCAAAAAGGGACAAAAAGGUUGAAGCAGAGUGAUCUCUGCAUAAUGAAGUGUCCUGUGAUCACGUCGAGGCUGGGCGAACAGAGGGUCCGCUGCCACCCCUCAUUCAUUCAGGUCUCUAGGCCCUUGCCUCCAAGGAUCGACGGUGCACAGACCCCGUGGAUGCUGUCCCUUCGAGGGGAGCUGGUGGCUUCUCUGGAGGACGCCAGCUUGAUGGGAUUAGAUGUGGACAUUGGUGCCACCACAGUCACCGUCCAAAGCCCACGACAAGAACUUCUUCAGAGACAGGAGGUAUGGAACACUUCCCUGGAGCUCCUGCCACUCUGGCUGGUGAGCGGUUCCUAUGCCUACUCCCUCAAGGCUGCGUGCCCCCUGGUGUCGUCCCAGCCAGGGUCGGAGGUCUCAGUUUACAUCCCCAAGCAGAGACUGGGUCUGGUUAGGAGAGGACUCCAUGUGGAAGAGAUCCUGAGCCCCAGGUUCCUGCGGGUGCACCAGUCCAACACCUUCACGGUGACUGAGGACAGAGACUUCGUGGUUGUCAGCAUCCCAGCCCUGCUGCUGCUCCAGUACCAGCCAUGCCCAGAUGCCAGAGAAUCCCCAGGGACACAAGCGUUCUACAGGGUGGACCUGAGCCUUGCCUUUGUGGAGAUGGUCUCCCCAGUACACUGGAGAGUGGAGAACUUUUUCCAGUGUGUGGUUUCCUGCGGCACUGAUAUUGAUUUUGGAAGGGGGGGUUGGAACUCUACCCGGCCAGGAUUCAGCAGGGAGCCUGCCCACAUCGGCGAGGAAGUUCCAUCAUGGACAAGGCCCUUCAGGAGCCACCUCGAUGAAGAGGGGUUGAUUUUCCACCGUGCUCCCAGAAGGCCUCAGGAGAUACUACCAAUAACCAAGGCUGAGGAGCCACUGCAGAAUGAACAAGAUCCAUCUGGAGAAGGGGUCAGAGGGUACCUGGAUCUGUCAACCUCAGAACCAAGGCAGGGCACAGAAGGGCUGGGACUCAUUGUCUUGCCAGGGACUGAUGUCAGAUUCACUAUCCAAAGAGGGAGACAGCCAGAUGCCAGUGCCCACCUGGGGACCUCCAGUUCAGAGCUCCCUGGGAGGCACAGUGUGGGCUCAGCAGAUCCUCAGAUAGUACUUCCCAGGGACCUUCUGACUGCCACCUCUGAGAAGCUUGCAACCCCUUCUGAAGGUGCAGACAGUACCCUACAGCUUGAGUCAGUGCCUACAUGGCCUGAGGCCUGGCCAUCCACAUACAGCCAGCCCCCUACCUCCACACACCCAAAUGAGGCUGGAUUCCCCCUCCCUGAUGGUCAGGAGUUGAUGGAGGCCAGGUUGGCCCCAACCCCUGAGAGCCAUCAGCUUCCUGAGCUUUAGCGCAUGUGGAGGGGGGUGCUCAAGAGGCCCCUGUGCUGAGCCUUUCUAGAGACUUCAGCAGUGAGUCAGUGUCCAGGGAGGGGAGGCACAAAAGGAAGGGAGGACGUGGUUUGGCAUGUCCCUACUUCCCUUCAGAAGGCGGCUGCGACAGGACCAGAGCCCCGGCCUCCCUGAGCUGGCCCAGCUGUACUUCACAUCUCACUA